AUGGCGAGCAGUACGCGACUGCGCGGCGCGCGCGAUGGCGUCGACGGCGGUGCGGAUGCAUGGCCAUCGACUGGGGUGGAUGACGUGCUCGACGUUGAGCGUGGCUCGUACGGCGCGUCGCGCGGUGCCUAUACCUACCCCCAGGCGAGCGACGAGGAGGGAAGCGACGAGGAGCUGCGAUCGUCGCAGACCGACCACGAUAACGACACGGAGGAGUCGAAUCCCGUUGUCGUUGCGAAGGAGAAUGUGCGGCGGCUGAGCGAUCGCAUGCGCAGCAGCAGCCAUUAUGCGCAGACGAUGCGCGAGGCCGGCGUCACGACGCCCGUCUCGUCGUCGUGCUCGGCGCGUUCUGCGUCGAGCUUCUCCUCGAGCUCGUCGUCGGAAGAGGGUGCGUCGGGGCCUGGUGCCAAGAUGGAGCCGAUUUCGUCGCGCACCUCGUCGGUGAGCACCGCCACCACCGCCGCCACAACGCAGGUGCAUGUGCCGACCAAGCGCCCCGGCCAGCCACAGUUUGAGGGGUUCUGGCAGGUGCGCUCGCUGGACGAUCUGCGACCGAUGCUGGACAAUAGUACGAUGGUGAUGAAGCAGCGCCGUGCUGACCCGAACGGCGGCUUUGUGAGCCCACUGAAAGCGCUCGCGACGAAUCUGCACCACACGUACCACUUGGUGAAUCCGUCGUUUGUGUACGAGCUUGCAUUCAACCCGCGGCGUGUCUUGACAAAGCCGAGCAAGCCGAUGUACAACGACGGGCACGACAACGAGGACUACGACUAUAUUCUCUACGUUAACGACUGGCUCGGCUCCGAGGACGGGCACCGCUACCUGAUCCUCGACGUGCUCGGCCAAGGCACCUUUGGGCAGGUCGUCAAGUGCCAGAACAUGGCGACGCACGAGAUCGUUGCGGUCAAAGUCAUUAAGAACAAGACUGCCUACUUUAACCAGAGCAUGAUGGAGGUCACCAUCCUCGAGACGCUCAACCAGCACUGGGACGCGGACGACAAGCACAACAUUCUGCGGCUCCAGGAUACGUUUAUUCACGCCAAGCACCUGUGCCUGGUCUUUGAGCUGCUCUCCUCGAACCUCUACGAGCUGAUCAAGCAAAACUCGUUCCGUGGGUUGAGCACGAGUUUGGUGCGCGUCUUUAUCACGCAGCUCCUCGACGCGCUCAUCGUCCUCAAAGACGCGCGGCUGAUCCACUGCGAUUUGAAGCCGGAAAACAUUCUGCUGCGCACGCUCCAGGCGCCGAGCAUCAAGCUCGUCGACUUUGGCUCGGCGUGCCACGAGCAGCAGACGGUCUAUACGUAUAUCCAGUCGCGCUUCUACCGCUCGCCCGAAGUGCUGCUCGGCGUGCCGUACACCUCGGCGAUCGACAUGUGGUCGCUGGGAUGCAUCGCCGCCGAGCUCUUCCUCGGCCUGCCCAUCUUUCCAGGCACGUCGGAGUACAACCAGGUGAGCCGCAUCGUCGAGAUGCUCGGUCUUCCGCCGCAGUACAUGCUCGACACCGGGCGGCAGACGCGCGAGUUUUUCAACUCGCACCAGGACGCCUACGGGCGCCUGUCGUACUCGGUCAAGCCCAUGGAGCAGUACUCGCGCGAGCACCGCGCGCAGGAGCAGGCGAGCAAGCAGUACUUUCCGGGCACGACGCUCCCAGAGAUUAUCCGCCUCGCGCCGGUAUCGCGGCGCAGCGGCCGCCAGGCCGACACGGAGAAAGAGAUGGCGAAUCGCGCGGCAUUCACCGACUUUGUCGCCGGCCUCCUCUGCCUUGAUCCGCUGACGCGCUGGACGCCACAGCAGGCCAAGCUGCAUCCGUUUAUCACCGGCGAGCCUUUUCACGCGCCCUGGCAGCCGCCGCCCGCGACGCCGCUCGAGUCGCCCCGCGACGAGUACUACCCGAGCCGCCCGGACUAUUACUCCAACACCGAAGAGCACUACAAUGCGUACGCCCCGCGCCCGACCGCGUAUCCUCCACCGGCGCACAGCUACAACCGCGACUAUGCGUGGGAAAGCUCGACGCCACUCGCAUCCGACGCGCCGGUCUAUCCCCAGCAGGGGGGCUUUGCGGUGGUCGUGCACGGAAAGGACACGUUUGACCCGCCGCGGUCGACACCGCAUGCGCACGCCUCGCCGCAUGCGCACGCGACGCCCCACGCCCACGCGACGCCCCACGCACCGGCCGACCAGGCCUACUCGCCCUCUACGUUCCGCGGCCCGUACGGGCGCGCGCGGCACGCGUCGCUCAGCUCGGGCGAGGCACUGCACCUGCCCACCGAUGCGUACACGCCGCGGUACGCUGGCGCGUCGCCCGCACGGCCGCGCUAUGAAGAAGGGCAGCGGGACUCGGCGAGUCUCCUUCCAAUGUAUGUGAACCAGCUGCCGCGGCAGGACGACUGGGAUCGGUAG